AUGUCGUCAGCGGGAUCGAACACGGCGCAGCGGCUGUCGUUUGCUUCGGAGCCAUUGGAUUCUGCGUCCAUCACGCUGGACCGUCGCCAAGAGAAGCUCACGCAGCUACGCAGCCUACGUCAGCGCUGCAAGGAGGCUGCUGGAACUCUGACUAUCGAUCACGAAGUUCAACUCGUCCGCGAGCUCAUCCAAACGAAAGCAGUGGACGAGGACUUUUCGGUAGCUGUGCGAGAGCGCUGGCAGACGUGGUCGCGCAAUGCGGAUCCCUUCCGAACCGAGCUAGCCUCGACGGCUGCCUCCGAGCUCAGCAAAGCAGCCGAAGUCGAAGCUUCCUCUGGAUCAGACUCCGACUCGCAGUCGGACGACUCGGCAUCGGAAGGGCCGGACGAGCCGUCCGGGUCCGGAAUGACCAGCAAGGGAAAGAGAAAGGGCGUAUUCCGCCCAAAGGGGCCCAAGAAGCGCAUCGGCUCCUCCGAGCGCGGCAUGGACGAAGAUUGGGACGCCGUCCGAAGAGAACGAGAGGCCCGGCUCACGGAGCUUGAUGCAUCGCUGCCGAACGCCUUCCGCUUCACCGAACGCCAGCUCAAGGUGUAUGCACAUCGGUUAAAGCAAAAGUACCUCAACUCGCUCGACCGUCCCUUUGAAGCUGCCCAACUCCACAAGCUACUUCACCAUUCCCGGAAAGUGGCCCAACCUGGUGCGGUGCAGCCGUCGCAAGAUGCUUCGGUGCCCGGACCAUCGAUCCAAAACGCACCGUCGCGUCCGAGCGUCUAUCACAUCUCGUUCUUCAUCAGCAGUCUCGAUCCGAGCACAGACGAUGUGGCAGCACAGCAAAAGAAUGCAGAUGCGGCGGCCGUGUCGGACGUAGAUGCUAGGGACAACUAUGUCAAACGCAUCUGCGGCGACGGACUCGGGGGCAGCAAGCGUUCCCAAACCAUCGAGCUUCUCUCGACGCAGACGCUGUCGGACCUCUUAGGCACCCUUGUCUGCUGGUCUGAUGAGCAGCCGGAGCGGCACGGCUGGCAACAGCGCCUCCAAAAGACCUCAUAUUGCCCCGAUGCGACAGCAGCCGGCCAGGAAGCAGUCGCGUCCCUGCAGCAGGACCUCAGCGGAGAUGAAGAAAGCCAGGAAACUUGCUUCGCGCGGUAUACGGGCCGUCGGCGGCACACCGACGUGGCACUCAUCAUCGAGGACAAACUGUACAGCAAAGGCCUCAGAGCAGGCGAUGCUCUCUACGAAGCCGACUACGCGACGCUGCUCAACGAGUGGAAGUCACGCUGCGGUCUUUCCGACGCCCAAGCGGGUUGGAGCAGCAGCGGUGGCGACCUCAGUCUGCGGCUGGAUCAGCUGGGCUCCAUUCGGAUCGGCCGACCGUACUGGCUGCUGCACCAGGGCGAUUGUGUCCAUGCCUUUGUAAUCGAGCAGAUCCGUGCCUUGCGGCCCCUCGAAGAGAAGGGGACCUUCUCAUCCGAUCUCGAGAACGUGCCGAGCGGGUCUGCCGUUACACCGUUUCCACGGAUCACUUGGCUCUCGACCCCAGCCAUGCUGCGAUUCGCCGCAGACGACAAGGACAACUAUGGCCUGGGCCAUCGCAUCCUCCUGUGGGAAGGAUUGAUGCCGAUGCAAAGCUCCGGGGCGGGGCCGGAGGUUGGAGCACUGGCUGCGGGCGACCUGACGCAGCGCAGUGCACUUCAAGUGGCGCUAGGCCGAACCAGAAGAAAGGACGAGGGCAUGUUGCGGAAAAAGCAAGGCAAGUGCCUGGCGUGCUUGCUGCGCAAGGCCCAGAUCGGCAUAUUGGGUGGAGACCGUGUCCGCCUUCCGGUCGGCUCAGACGACGACGAGCGCGGCAAGCAAACGGAGAUGAGCGGGCUCGAUGACCACUUGGUCACUCUUUGCGUGUCGUGUGCGGUGAUUCUUGGUCUCCCGACACGCGAACCCGAGGCUGGCGCGAGCGAGGCUCCGGUUCAGCUCGACUGGCAGCGCAUCCAUGCGCAAAAGCCUCGCAAGGCCGGCUGGACCGUAUUCCCCAUGUACUGA